CGGUGUCAUCAGUAACGCAGUGAACCGAUUCGGUACCGUUUCCUUCUCCGCGUCCGCGUCCAAGUACAAAAGUUCCUCGAGCGACUCCUGCUCUACCAGCAGACAUUUCGGAAAUAUGUCCUGAAGAGGGCUACGCUUCCACGUCUGGUCCCAGAUAUCUUGAAGAAAUAUUCGGCGAACCUUCACGAUGUACAAGCAGUUCUACAGGACGUUUAUUCCACGAUGGAUCCCAUCGCGCGUGGUCAUCUGCGUGAUGAUGUUCUCGGCUUGCUGGACGAACUAUAUGUGCCGGUUGCAGAUGCCUAUCCUGGCGGUGCCGAUGAUCAAGGCUGGCGCCGUUAACGAGACCGGCGGCGCGUGUGUCGAGGACUCUCGACUGCGUCGCGCGAUAUCCUUCCUGGAUCCUGGCGCCCAGCUGGAGGACUAUAUCCUCUCGGAGCGCCUACGAGCCGAAGAAGAGGCCGCGCUGACCAACAUUCGGUUCCCGCGACAAGAUGGCGGUGGAGCCAAGGAGGUCGAUGCGAAACCAUCGGGUUCAAGGUUGAGGUUGGUCAGCGGAGAGCCGUUCGAUUGGAAGCCGGAGGUCAGGGGUCAGCUGAUAGCUGCCUACAGUUACGGGAACGUUCCCGGUAACUUCCUUGGAGGAAUGAUGGCGGUCCGUUGGGGACCGAAGCACGCGAUCCUCUGGACUUCGGUGGCGGCCGCUGUAGUCUCCCUGGUGAGCCCGUUCUUGGCACAGAUGCACUGGGUGGUCCUGAUGCUGUCCAGGGUGGUGGUGGGUCUGGCGGGUGGUGUCACGUUCCCCGCGUGCCAUUCUUUGGUGGCCCAGUGGGCCCCGCCCGACGAGAAGUCGAGGUUCGUGUGGUCGCUGCUCGGCGGCACGUUCGGCACGAUUCUCACCUACCCUAUGGUGGCCAUGAUCGCGGACAACUUGAUGUGGGAGAGCGGCUGGUACAUCCCCGCCUUGUUGAUGAUGGUGUGGAUCGCGUUCUGGGCGGUGCUCACCUACGACUCGCCCGCCGAGCACCCUGGAAUCAGCGAGGAGGAGAAGCAGUACAUUCUACAGGCUCAGGCGGGGACAGUGAGGACGAAGAAACCGUCGCUCAAAGAGACGCCUAUCAAGGCGAUCCUGACCUCGGUUCCGUUCCUCAGCCUGGUCUGCUGCCACUUCGGCAACCUGUUUCUGCUGUUCUUCUAUCAGAACGCGAUGAUGCUCUACCUGACGAAGGCGCUCGGCUUCCAGUUGACCAAAGGAGGCAUCGCCGCUAGCUUGCCGUGGGCAUGCAGGAUGCUCCUGGGCUUCUUCUUCAGCUGGGCCGGCGAUGUCUUGAAACGCAAGCAGAUCGUCAGCGUCACCGUGCUGAGAAAAGCCGCGACCGUUUUCUCUCACUUUAUACCCGGCCUCUUCCUGAUCUUGGUCGGCUACGUCGGCUGCCGGUUUCUCCUGGCGAACGUGUUCCUGGUGCUCGCUCUCGGCUUCAACGGCGCCGCUGCCAUCUCGAAUCUGUCCAACAAUCAGGACCUGUCGCCGAACUUCGCCGGUUUCAUCUACGGUUUGAUGAACGCGGUCGGCUGUAUGUCCGGCAUGAUCAUCUCCCCGAUGGUCGAAGAGAUCGCUGGAAAGUACGGGAAUCCCAUAGAGAAGUGGCAGAUACUGUUCUGGAUCGGAGCCGGUGUCUGCAUUUGCUGCAUGGUGAUUUUCAUCGUCGGCGGCAGCGGGAACAUCCAGAGUUGGAACGAGAUCCGCGAGGACGAGGACGAGGCGGAACGAGGUCGCAGGAAUUAAGCUUCGACGUGACGUGAAAAUGAUUUGAAGCUGCAGCUCGAGACAACGACCAUCUACAACCCCUACGCAAUGACCAAAUGAACUUUCACUCACCGGGCCGGAUCUUCGGUGUGGAAUAUUUUUAGCAAACGACGGGACGAUGCGUGUCACGUUUCUUUUAUUUUUUUGUUUGUUUUAGUAAUCUAUCGCCUUGUCACGCGUAACUCGUUCGAGCGUGAAAUUUAUAGUACAAGACACGUUGUCCGCGCAACGACAACUUUCUAUGCUAAAUGUAAUUCUUUAUUUUAUACGAGAUUUCGAAUGUUUUAAUAUACCAGCGAUUAUUGGACUCUUACAUGCAAUAAUAAAGUACGUUUAAAUCGCA